AUGGCACUAGGUGCAUCUAUACGGGAAUGGAAACAUUGUAGGCCAGUUGUUGUGAUUGAUGGCACAUAUUUAAAUAAACACUAUGGUGACACCUUAUUCACAGCAUAUGCACAAGAUGCAAAUAACAGCAUUUAUGACAAAGUUGGACAUGAGAGAUGGUCACGUUUCCACAUGCCUUCAAACCGGUAUUCCACAAUGACAUCGAAUAUUGUGGAGUCGGUUAAUGUGGUCACAAAGUCUGCCAAGAACUACCCUAUUAUAGUUUUACACAAUGAGGAUACCCAAGGCACUUUUACAACCUUGUCAAGCAAGUAUGAGAAGAAGAUGAGGGAAAUGAGCACAGAUAUGAGAAACUUGAGGGUUUCUCCUAUUAAUCAGGCAAUGUCCUCAGUUAGCGGUGAAAGUUCCACUUUCAUUGUUGAUAUAGAAAACCGGACAUGUACAUAUAGGAUGCUUCAAGUUGAUCAACUACCUUGUCCACAUGUUUUGGCUGUGUUUGCGAGUAUGAAGAUGGAUCCAUAUGAAUACUGUUCCUACUACUACACAAGUGAAGCAUUCAGAAAUACAUACCAAGAAACCAUUUUUCCUGUAGGAAAUCCAGCGGAAUGGAUAGUGCCAAAUGAUGUCUAUGACAUAAUUGUAAUUGCACCUAAUCAAAAGCAAAGUUGUGAAAGGCCUACUAAGAAGAGUUUCAUACUAGCGUAUGAGGAAAAUAUAACCGUCAAAUGCGGUCGGUGUGGUGAAAGUGGUCACAAUCGUAGAACAUGCAGCAGCUUAGUUCCGUUAAGUCAAAGCAACAAGAAUAAAGAGAGGAAGAGGAUGAAGACUGGAAAUACACAUUGA